CGUCGCGACGUCUGCUCGACGCCAGAACUCCAACGCAUCCCUACAGUGUAGGAGUUUUAUCCCGAUAUCUUCUAUCGGUCCAGGGUAUUCUUCGAUUUAGAGUAAUACAUAUUCCCAAGUCCUAAGUAAUCCGGCAGCCAUUUCCCGGUGCGUUUCCAAUUAAGAGGGAUAUCCGGGAGAAGUGGGGGACAGUGAAAAUUGUGUGUAAAUCAUAAAAGUGUCCGCCAAAUUUUGCGCAUCCCUCGAUAUCUGCUUUACCAAAAACUCUAAAGGCAUUCAAGCUGCAGAUGUGGCCACUCAUCGCUGUCACGGUCGCGCUGGUUAACGCGGCGACGUCCAGUCGCGACAAUUUGAAUUUGAAAAAUAUCCAGAACUCGCAUCCGGCGAAUUUCGACAAUUCGAACAACUUGAACCUCGACAAUAUGCUUCGCACGAGACCCGAUUCGACGGAUCGUAUGGAGAGAUACGAAUCAUUGGCUGCCGCCGCCGCCGCCGACGCCGAUUCUUUCGUCCCCGACGAUCUUCUGUCGCGGAUCAACGCCAAGCUGCGAAACACGGAGGAUUAUUUACCGUUGAAAAAAUUAUUGUCGACCAACGACGUCCAGGGCGUGGAUUAUCAAAUUCCAGAUGCUAGCGACGAACGAAUUUCAAUCAUCGAAGAUGACGAGGGAACCGAUCUCGGACAACUGUCGGCGCUUCUGACGCGUCUUCUGCAAGAACCGGGCGGUUGGGAAGCUCCCCUAGUUUUGGUGGAGGAGCCGAUUACGCCGUGGGACGGAUCGAGUUUGGAGAAUUCCCAAGAUUCGGAAACUGACGUGCUUCCAACUCCGUGGAAACGAUCGCGUUACUACAGACGUUAUCCUUGGAAGAGGCAGAACUCCAGAUCGCGUUACGAUUACGACGCGUCGCGUUACCUCUGCACACCGACGCGAGAAGACGUCUUCCAACUGUUGGUCGCUCUUCACGACGCUCGUCAAGGGAACAAAUCGAGAACCGUCAAUUUUUGCAACCGUCGACGUCCGGCCGGUUCUGUUUUUACCAACAUACGUUUUCUGGGACGCAGGAAAUAGAGACGAUUAACGCAACAUAUUCGAAUAUCCGUAUCAAGACGACGACACCCAUGCUGAUCUAACUUCUAAUAAUUCGAUUUGUCACGAUUUGUCACGAUGUACAUAAUACAACAGCUGAAUACUAUACCUGAUGUUAAUUGAAACGUUGUAGUACCCACUCGUCGUAAAAAAAAAAAAAUUCCAAAAUUACGCCAGCUGUGAAACGCAACGCGGAUAUAAUCAAUGAAUAAAAGAGAAACAUCCCCGCCAAGGACGACAAAAAUUUUCAAAGUUCGGUAUAUCUUGUAAUGUUGUUCGAUCACCUUUUCCAAAUGAAAAAUAAAAAAAAUAAAAAAAAAAAACUGGUAAA